GUAGCUACUGGACACUACACCAUCAAGGCACCGAUCCAACCUCACACGGUUGCGUCCUCAUCUUCCGGUACUGGCACUCGCGUUGACCCGGUCCGUCGACAACCGACCGCAAGCCAGUGCACGCAGCACAUCGUAAGCCCAACGCUUCCGUUAUCCCGCAAUCCUUGCAGGAGUAGGGACGUGACAGCUCGUGCGCACGCGUCUUGGUGUUUCUUGGAAUCGGAUCUCGGUCCAAGCCUUCCCCCUCCCCUAUACCUCCCCCCUCGUACAGUGCCGUUUAAUAGCGCAAAGUGUAUCCGCCUCCUGGGUUGGUCCCACACUGCACACUUUCACCCCUUUGGCGAUACAUAAACAUCAUCUUCAACUCGUACCUCUUCCCCCCCCUUCACAUCAACCACCGUGUUUCUCUCCCACUCCUCUCCCCUCGCAAUGUACCCAAACGCGGGCGGCGGCAACGAUCCCCGCGUUAAUGGCUACGCCUCCUACGGGACUGCUCCGCAACAGCAGCAGCAGCAACAUCAGCCGCAACAGCAACAGCAGCAGCAUCCCCAACAGCAGCAGCAGCCCCCAUUACCACCGCCUCAGCACGCUGCUCCACCACCACAACAACAGGCACAAUCAGCACCACACCCCACACAGCCUCCCCCUCUCGUAUCACAUCUCGUUCCGCCUAGCGUGGCUAGCUCUUCCUUCCCAAGUAACGCCGGGUCCUCAACGGCAGGCUCCUGGUACCCUGGACACGUUGGCGGCCGUGGUGACGGCGACGCUUCUCGUUUGCCGAGUCUCGUAAGCCAGGUUCCUCCGCUCGAGGUCGGUAGCAGCCAUGUUGGCAGCAGUCACGUCGGCACAAGCGCCAGUGCGAACCCAAGCAGCAACACCUAUGGACUCGCCUACCACGCCCCGCCGCCGACCACAGCUGUUCCUCAGUUAGCAGCAGCCCCGCAACCCUACCCAACGUCCCGUACAGGCAUUAUCGCAGUUUACGACGUCGGACCACUCCAAGGGCCCGAGGGCACCGUUAUCCGCAUCAACUGCGACCUCAACUUUCCUCCGGCGCCACAACUCGAGGCAGCUGGUCAAGACAGUGGCAACCGCGUUCGCAUUCUCUUUGGCAACCUCGCGAUUGAGACCAAGGUAGAGCUUCCGCCACCAGACUCGGUCGAUCAAUCUUACCUCGUGACGGCUGCUGUGCCGUCCAGCAACGCCACCAGCAUACGCGGCAGUACGCCAUGGAAUGUCCCGAUUUUCCUGGAAGCCAUUACAAAGCCUUAUGGUAUCGCAGAGAGUCUUGGACUGGGAGAGUUUCGCUACACUGCAGACGUGGAUGCGGGAGGAUCGACGCCAAAACGCGCGCGUCGAAGGCUCGAUAUGUCCGGCUCUGCCAGCCCAAAGAAGAUGGCCAUGCGCCGUAGGCGCGAAGACGAGCCUUCAUACCCCCCUCCCACGGCGAUCCCCGCUGGCGCCACGGCCUCGUUCGUUUACGAUUCUCCGCCACUCACUCCCCAACCGGGCCUCAUUCGCACCACACAGAUGAUGCCCUCUGGAGGCCAGCCAUCGCCGUAUGUCGUGCGCACCAAGGCCCGCCUGGAGGUCCAGGGCGACCUGAUGACGAUGAAGAUGAACUGGUCACCCGAGAUGUGGUCCAACAGGCGGUGCCUGGUGCGAUUCAGUCGGCGUCAGGUCGGUGCCAUUGUUCAUGCCUCGUUCUCCGCCGUCGAGGAGAAGGACUGGACUCCAAACAUGAUUGUCAUUUCCUGCCUCUAUCACGAUGCCCGCAACGAGUGCUACUUCACUUCAGUCGACGUCAUCUACCUGCUCGAGUGUCUCAUGACCACGAGAUACACGACAGAGGAGAAGAACCGCAUCCGUCGAAACCUCGAGAGCUUCAAGCCGACGACCCUGCAGAAGAAUGAAGGCCAAUGGCAGGACUUUUACGCCCACAUCAUGAACUACCCCAACCCCAAGCCGCGCAACAUUGACAAGGGCCUCAAGGUUUUCCCCUGGGCUCACCUCGAGCAGGCGCUCAAGAAGAUUUUUGGCAACUAUUCUGCGUACAUCACGGCACCCUUCACUGGUGUCCCAGGCGCCAUCGCCGCGCCGCACAUGGCUGAGGACCAACAGCAUGUCACGUAUGCCCACAACGCGCUCGGCACGUCGGAAUCGCUCAGCUAUGUCGAAGACCGUCGCAGCAUGACGGCCGGCCACCCGACGAUGGCCCACCACGCUCACUCUCACGCCCCGUCCACGUCCAUUUCCGGCAACAGCGAUGAGCAAGGAGGGUACCACACGUCUCCUGCGUCGCCUGGAUUCCACCGCCCCGAGCUGCUCUCUUCGGCCAGCGCUUAUGGAGCGCUGGACCCAGGCCCGCAGACCGAGGAGUUUGGCAACUACGUGAACAUGUCUCCGGCCGUGACACCCUCUGGCGGAACGCCAUACCCCUCGGCCGGAGGACCGCCAGUCAACGCCACGCCUCACAUGGGCGUUGGUUACCAAUCUGUCGGCGGUGCCCAGCUGUCCCACCCACCCGGCGUUGUCUAUCCGGCGCCUCCAGGAUACGCCGAGUCGCAAUCGCAUCUCCCAUACACACACAUCCCCGGCUCGCGCGGCGCCUCGUCUCAGGAUCUCCGUGUGGCCUAUGACAACCGCCAGCACCCGCCCAACCAGGAUGUGUUUCCCCCGGCUUAGAAGGCUUGCCCGUCCACGUCCAGCCUAGUUUCCUGUGUUUCCUGCAUACGCAGAUGUACCCGGCUUAUUAGCCCCGAGGCGGCUAUCGCACCCGCCCUAGUUCUACUUUACGACCCCCUCAGCCCCCGCCUUUCUUCCGCUCGUAUUCCGGUACUACUCGACGUCUACACACUCGGCAUAGGAAGGCUAUUAACCCAUGUCCAUCUCACGCCAUCCGACCGGCCCGUUCUACUAUGUAUCGAUUAGUCUAUCGACUUGGCCUAACCUGUAUGCCAAUGUGUCCAUGCAUGUCCGUUCCAGGCUGUCUAUUGGCUGUCUCGUGGUCACCCGCUUGAGCUUGGUCGUAAAAAUGGCCCAAAAUUAUUAGCCGUUAGUGCAGAGCCGCAGGCGGUGUGUGGGAAGGUGAGCGGCUCGCCUGCGCCGGCACUAGGUCGAGAACGUGGCGAGGCGAGGGGCGAGGCGAGGCGGGGCAUGGACUCCGUGG